AAUGUAUCUGCAAUGGUUUUCCAUGUCUGCAAAGUCACUUUGCUACACUGUGACUAAGCUGUCUGAGUCAUCUGACCAGUCACACACUCUCUUCAUUCCGAGGUGAAACGGGCAGGUAGUGGGUGGGAGCAGCGACACCAAUCACUGUCCGCACCUGUAACCCGUACACUGCACACGCCCUCACCAACAGACUGAGUGAAAAUGUACUUUGUACUUUUAUGGGAUUGAUACAAGUCUUGUCUGUGAGUUUCUUUGUGCAAUGUUUGCUUCAAUUCACACUUCAUGUAGGCUACCCAGGGGGUAAAUACGAACCUGAUCUGUGGCUACGCUGUUAUGAUGACACUGACUGACUACAGUAAGUCUACUCAGAGAGGAAUCUGGACUACAGGGUAGUAGUCUGCUUCAGUAUGGAUCUUCUCACACUCAUCUGUCUUCUUCUGUUUGUGUUGAAGACUGAUGCCGGGUCUCAUUCCUUGUUGGUGUUUGCAACAUUCAUCAUUGGAGACACGCCGUUCCCAGAGUUCAGUGCGGUGGUGAUGCUGGAUGACGUCCAGCUGGGUUAUUACGACUCAAAUGUGAGAGUGUUUAUUCUGCGAGGACUCAAGUCAGAGCCUGAGGAUGUGACGCUUCAGGAGGACGCCGGUGUGGUCUUUGGACACGUGAACAGGGGCAUGAAAUACAGAGCCUCUCACCUGAAACAACGCUUCAACCACACAGGCGGCGUCCAUGUCCAGCAGAGAAUCACAGGCUGUGAGUUGCUGGAGGAUGACCAGCCUGGCCCAAUGGCAAUAAAGGACGCCUUCAAUGGGCAGAGCGGAGACCAACUCUCCUUCACCAACGACCAGCACAGUUUCUGGAGUCAGUGGCAGUGGCCAGCCAUGUGGGACAAGCUGCAGUUAGGCCAGGUCAAGUGGCUGUAUGAAAACCUCUACCAUCCCAUCUGUCUGAGGACCCUCAGGACAAACCUGAAGAAACAGAAGAACCGUGUUAUGAGGAAAGUGCAGCCAAGAGUCAGGCUCCUCCAGAAGACACUCCCAGACUCUGGAGGGGCCAAAGUGACCUGCCUGGCCACUGGUUUCUACCCCCGUCACAUCAACCUGACCCUGCUCAGAGACGGCCAGCCUGUGUCUGACCACCAGAUUACUGGGGGGGAGCUGCUACCUAAUGGAGACGAGACGUACCAGAUGAGGAAGAGCCUGGAGGUCAGCGCAGAGGAACUACAGAAACACCUGUUCACCUGCACAGCUGAACACCUCAGUAUGGACAACAAGAUCAAUGUCAACAUAGACACUAAGCCAGAGCUGGAUGAUUUGACCUCAGUGAUUACAGUGAUUGUGGUGGUGAUAGGUGCAUGUCUGAUUGUCCUGGCAGCAGCCAUUUAUUUAAUGUGGCAACGCAAAGGAUCAAGAACAUCUCCCCAGAGCAGUUACACUAGUGCCUCUAGUAAGUAUUCAAACACAAUACUACUGCCUCCAGUAAGUAUUCAAGUUAGUUAGCUCUGUAGAACAGAAAGUGCUUUUCAUAAUGCU